GGAAUUGAAUAAAAGACAUAGUCUCGAGAAAUUUCUCUGAAUUUCUCUGGAAUUUUUUAAUGGAGAAAUUCCUGAGAACUUCUCCAAAAAUUCUCAGGAAAAAAAGUAACUUUGGACAAUGAGGACAAAAUGGAUGAUGAGGAGAAAAAAGAAGAAGACGAAAAGGACCAAUAUCUCUCCGCUGUCGGCAAUAUAGGACAAUGGCAGCUUAGAACUAUUUUUAUCCUGGGACUGUUCUGUACUCCUGUCUCAAUGCAUAUUCUGAUCAUGACGUUCAUGAAUGCAAAGGUAGAAAGUUGGUGUGCCCGGCCAGCUCAUCUGUCUUCACUAAACCUGUCUACCUGGCGUACAGUAAGCGGGCAGGUCAACCAGUCCUGUCAGAUUAUUAACACUACCUGGACUCUAUUCAGUUUAACAGGUAAACUAGAUUAUUAG